AAGACACCUGGAAGGGCACACCCCAGACGUGUCACGGGCCAGCAGCUUCACUGAUGACAUUGACCUGGUACCCGAGGAGUCCCCGCUGCCAGCGGCAUCUGAUGUGGCACAACUGACUGAAGCACACAGAACAGCUGUGAAAGUCAUCAGGAGGAUGCAGUAUUUUGUGGCCAGAAGGAAAUUUCAGCAAGCUCGGAAGCCGUACGACGUCCGUGACGUGAUUGAGCAGUACUCCCAAGGACACCUCAACAUGAUGGUUCGCAUAAAGGAACUUCAAAGGAGGUUGGAUCAAUCCUUGGGAAAGCCAGGUCUUUUCCUCCCAGAAAAAGGGGUAGACAAAGGAUACUACAGUAUAGGAGCCAGACUGAUCCGGCUGGAGGAUAAGGUCAUGCAGAUGGACCAGAAGCUGGAUGACAUCCUGAGCACCCUCCAGGCUCAGCUGGGGGAUCAGGCACAGACACAGAUGCCAGGGGCAGCCACCCCACCUGUCAGACACCCACAGACACCCACAGAGUCCCCCCAGUGACCCAGGAAAUGUGAAAGCCAGGGGACAGCCACACGGGACCCUCCUGCUCUUCCAUGUCUGGGUAUCUCUCACUCUUGGUGUCCUCAUCUGUGUCACGGGUGAAAUGAAAUAUAAAUGAAAUAAAUGAAAAAUCUGCACUAGUGGAUGAAAAGAAAAAACUGAAAAAAAAAAAUAAAAAAAGAGAAGAAACAGCAAGAAGCCAGCCACGACCUUAGGAGAGCACAUAAGUUCUGCACCUGUUUUAUUUUAUUUUAGCUGAACUCUGGCAGCCAGCAGCAGCCCAGCUCCCAUCCCCCAGCCCCACUCGGGCUGAGCACACAAGCACAGGGCACGCUGUCAAGGGAAGCGUCCCAGCCAGGGUUAGGAUGACCCAUUUGUGGGCACGGAAGGAGAAAAGAACUGUUCUUUUGGCAUUUAAUCACUAAGUUUAAUGCUCACAGCAUGCCCCAAAGGGGGAAAGGAGCCAGCAUUUGAACAUGAAACAAAUGGAAAUCAGUGAACAGGAAAAUUAAACAGCAUGUUUUGACUUCUACCAAGCAGUGAGGAUCAUAAGAAGGGCAGAUUUAUAUGCUGGUGCGAAUGACAAAGUAAAGACAACAGGCUACUGAUUAAAAAUAUGGAAGUGUACACAGGCUGGUUGACAUAUGAAAGGCUGAAGCAGAGACUUCAGCUAAUUAAAGCAAAGGGCUGCCAGUGAGAUGAGAUGCAUGUUGGAACAGACAGGCAGGAGAGAUAGGAUCUGCGUAGGCUUACUUCACCAGAACACUGUAAUAGUUAUCAGCUACUCUGAUGACUGUUAUGCAAAAUGUUCUCAAGCUUUUACCUUCAUUCAGCAGAGGUUGUUGACUCCAGUUGCCUUAAUUUUAACAUAAGGAACCUGUAAGGUAAUUGGCUAUGAGCUAUCUCUGUGAAGCUGGGUUAGAGCCACGGAGUAGCAGGGUGCUGCAGGAGGGCUGCAGCUGUGAUUGAGAGUGGCAGGGCUCCUUAAAGAAAACAGAAAUGCACACACUGUUGAUGAAAGCUAAUGGCUGUUUAAAUAAACUGCUGUGUAUAAUUUUCAAUGCUAGAUUUAUUUUUUGCCUUGUAAUCUGGCUGUAAAUCGAGUGCACAUGCUGGCUGACGUGCUGUUGUUGAGGAACACCCCUGGUGCAGGUAGCUGGGCUGGCAAGCUGCAGAUGGAAAUGCAGGCUGAGAUGCAGGUUUAAAUGCAGAGUGAAGUACAGGCUGAGCUCUGGGUGGAGCCCAGGACUAGAAGAUGAACUGCUGACCUUUGGGGUGACAAAGGGCACAAAGGCAGGUGACAGCCAGCCAGGUGAAUGGACACUGAGACACAGCAGCAGCAGCUGGGAAUUGCCGACCUUGGACAACAAGGGAGAUGGAAACAAGUGAUGGCAGCGAGGUGGAUGGACACGGAGAUGGGGACUGGCCAUGGGGAGACUGUGAUGGGAUAAAAUCCCAGAGUUCCUUUGCUGGGGUCCCUCCUUGGAGGCAGUAGCUUGGGCUGUUUCGGUGUCACUGCCCCAGGAAGAAGUGGCUUCAUGGAAUGAGACGUGUGGGACUCUGCCACCUCUGCCAUGGCAAAGCUGGUGUGAUGCGAGGGGGAUGUGGGGAGCCAGGCCAAGGAAGGGCCUUCAGUCCCAAAAAGUCUCUGAACUUGGGAGUGCCACUGCCAGAGAGCCCCAGAGGGAAUGGUCUGACUGGGGAGUUUCCUUAACACUGCCACCAUGAAAUGGAUCUUACCUGGCACUUCAGAAAAGGAACAAUACAGCACUGCUGCUAAAAACCCAAAUGAUAAACCAAGCUAAAAUGGGUGCAGUGUUACUUACUUGAGUCUUUUUAAUAUAUUUGCAUAACCAACAAUUUGAAUGAGCAGAAGACUGCAGAGCAAAGACCUGAUUCCUGGGAAAUCCUAAAUAUAUUCUAUUCCCACUCAUAUCCAUGAAAGCCAAGCCUGCAUUGCAUUUAAAAGCAACCUGAAAGACUGGUCCCCUAAUAAGCAUUUAUUUGGACAAAUGAGUGGUCCAUUUCAAUGUAAUCAAAUUAGUUUCUAACUAUUACCUGUCCCUUUAAAACUCUUUCCCAGGUUUGUGUGUCUGGGAAUUCAAGCUUGGAAAGAGCACAAUGAGACUGAUUCCAAUCUUUAGA